ACUGUCAUUGGUUCAUGAAAUUUUUACACUUUGUAUUUGUUUUUGUUGGGGAUUUGUUUGUAUUUUGUUGAAUUUAUGUAUUUCUAGGUCUGCCGCAAUGUCCCAACAGUUAGAACUUCUUACAGAGAACCCGGGGCAAUGGACAGCAGUCCUAUAUGUAACCCCAGAAAUACAGAAAAAAGAGAUCAAACCAUUUGUCGCUUUGUCUAUAAAAGAGCUGGAAGGCACACCAGACAGCAGAACAUCCAGUCUGGUGAACGUGGACAAGUUUGCGGCAGUCCGCGCCGUGGUCCGGCACGUGGCACGGAGCAGAACCGCUACAAAGGAGCCAUGGCAGUUGGAUGAUGUGCAGACGUUUCUGGAAGGGCUUAGGUUCACACCAGAAUGCAUAGCAGAGCUGUCUCCGCUGCUCUGCGCUGAUCAGAUCUACUCGGCGCUCCCAAGACACCUGCGUGUGCUGCCCGGUCUGGCGGGGCUGCAGUGGAGGAUUGAUGUGUCUUUGAGCCAAUCAAACCUCGCCACCGCUACCGACUCGCCAACGCCGGCCAAUCAGAUCUACGCGCGUUCUACUCACGUCAUUCUGACUUUACAACUGACAGAUGGGCAGACAACCACAUACAGGUUGUCCAUAGCUAAGUUUCAUGAGCUGAGGUAUGUCGUAGCUAGUUGUUUAAAAAGUGUUAUAGUGCUGGAGAGACGGAAGUGUAUGAGGCGAGACUGACACAGGACUGGUUGGGGGUAGGUACAGGGUUAAUCAGGGAAUAUAAUUUAUUUAACGUAAAUUUUACAAUUAUACAGGAUGUUGCAAAAAGGGUAUACUAAGCCGAAACCUACAUGUGCAGCAUGUUAUAUC